AUGAUGUACUGCUUUUACUAUUUUGUGACAAAUUCAAGUACAAAAUUUUCAGGACGACUUCCGAGUGCUCUUGAUACGAUAGGAUCAGUCAAGGAACGUAUUGCCAUAUUUGAAACACUUUCAGUGGAUGAGAAAUCUGUUUCAACUCGUAAGGCAGAUAAUCUGUCAGAAUUAGCGGAAGUUCCAAAGCGUGAGAGGUACAGUCUUUUUCGCGAAGGCCCUAGUGAACCUCAUGAUGAACCGAAAAUAGUGCCUUGCAAGCCGGGAAGUGAUCAAUUCGAUACAAAAGAGAUUGGCAAGUUAUUUUUAUUAGCUCAAAUUGAAUAUUCAAGUGGUCAUGUAGACAGGAUGACAAAAACACAAAGCAAAACUUAUUGCGGGUAUAAUGAAACUCAAAAAGAGCAGGGAUGUCCAAAAAUAUAA